UUUCUCUGAUGGGGUGGGAUGGGAAAGUUGUUUAGGGCAGUAAUUUGGAAGGGUUGGGUAUCUCAUGGUAUGGCAUGCUAUAGAGACAAAGGUAUUUUAUAGUCACCCAAGGGCUGAGAAGAGCACAGUGUGGCAAGGGGUGGCAGAGCAAUGGAUGCAGUAACCCCUAGUCUGAGGACAGUGAGGCACUUCAGGGGUCGCAUUUCCAGCCAGUAGAUCCGCUUUCAUCGGGUGGAUAGACUGAUCUGUGCCAUUCCUUAAGGAAACUUCCUACUGGCAGGUCUUGUGAAGCUUUCUGAGAAGGGGAUGUCAGGCACCUGGAUCUGGGGAGCCUCCAGGCCUAUCAGCGCAUGUCCCGUCCCCUGUCCUCCAGACCUCAACCUAAGUUUACAAGCCCUGCGGAAAGAGAAAUCCAGGGACGCAGCUCGUUCCAGACGUGGGAAGGAGAACUUUGAGUUUUACGAGCUGGCCAAACUACUACCGCUGCCUGCGGCCAUCACCAGUCAACUGGACAAGGCAUCCAUUAUCCGGUUGACGAUAAGCUAUCUGAAGAUGAGAGACUUUGCCAACCAGGGAGACCCACCAUGGAACCUGAGGAUGGAAGGGCCACCCCCCAAUACAUCUGUCAAAGUUAUAGGGUCUCAAAGGAGGCGAAGUCCCAGCUCUUUGGCCAUUGACAUCUUUGAAUCUCAUCUUGGAAGCCACAUCCUUCAGUCUCUGGACGGAUUUGUAUUUGCACUAAACCAAGAAGGAAAAUUUUUGUACAUUUCGGAGACUGUGUCCAUCUACCUUGGCUUGUCUCAGGUGGAGCUGACAGGAAGCAGCAUAUUUGAUUAUGUUCACCCGGGGGAUCAUGUGGAGAUGGCGGAGCAGCUUGGUAUGAAGCUCCCACCAGGCCGUGGACUCCUUUCUCAGAGCGCCAACGAUGACGGGGCCAGCUCAGCUUCUUCAUCCUCCCAGUCGGAGACUCCGGAGCCUGUGGAGUCUGGUAGCCCCGGGAAUCUCCCUCAGGAUAACUCUCUGGAACGGUCCUUCUUCAUCCGGAUGAAAUCCACUCUGACCAAGAGAGGUGUGCACAUCAAAUCCUCGGGGUACAAGGUGAUUCAUGUCACGGGUCGGCUGCGUCUCCGAGUUUCUCUGUCUCAUGGACGUUCUGGACCUGGCCAGGUGAUGGGUCUGGUCGUCGUGGCGCACGCCCUUCCUCCUCCAACAAUCAAUGAAGUUCGCAUCGACUGCCACAUGUUCGUAACACGAGUCAAUAUGGACCUCAAUAUUAUAUACUGUGAAAAUAGGAUCAGUGAUUACAUGGACCUCAACGCUGUGGAUUUGAUGGGUAAAAGAUGCUAUCACUUCAUCCAUGCCGAGGAUGUGGAAGGCAUCAGACACAGCCAUCUCGAUUUGCUGAACAAGGGUCAAUGCGUGACAAAAUAUUACCGCUGGAUGCAGAAGAAUGGAGGAUACAUCUGGGUCCAGUCCUGUGCCACCAUAUCUAUCAAUGCCAAGAAUGCUAAUGAACGGAACAUCAUCUGGGUCAACUACAUCCUCAGCUUGCCAGAAUACAAGGACAUUCCUAUGGAUAUUGCUCAGCUUCCUCACCUGCCCGAGAAGACAUCCGAAUCUUCUGAGACAUCUGACUCUGAUUCCGACUCCAAGGAUAAUUCAGAAGAUAAUGACAACCCAAAGUCAGAUGGGAAAGGAAAUCUGUCUGAACAAAGUGAGGAUCCAGAGCCAGAUCAUAAGCAGCCCGGUGCACACUCUGAUCCUGACAUGAACUGUGAUGAAGAAGCCAAUAGUUCAAGUGAUGCCUGUAGCGAGGAAAGUGAGGAGAGUGAGGACUGUGAAGUUAGAAAGGCAGAGGAAGUGAUGGAGCAAGGAGGGCUUGGAGCUCUGGGUGGGAUUGGUGCCUUAGGAGCACUGGGCCCUAUGCACAUUAAGGUGGAACGCUACGCAGAAAGUGAGACCGACAUGCGAGGACCUGGGUCCCUAAGCUCUGACAGUGCCAGGGAUUCAGAGAGUGUUGAAGAAGAUGAUGAUGAAGAAGAUGAUAGUGGAGUUCGUGUUACUGGGGUUCUGAGCAGACACCAACGGAGGAAAAGAAGGAGGAGAAAGGGAGUAGGGCCAUAUGGUGGACGCAGAAGACGUCUCUCUGGGGGCUCCAGCCCAAGUAGAAUUGAGAGCUCACUAGGUGACACCCCGAGACUUCUUCCUUCUACCCCACCUCCUCCAGGAAGCUGCUCAUCGUCAUCUGUUCUAAAGAUCAAAACAGAGAUGUCUGAACCUAUCAACUUUGAUAAUGACAGCAGUAUUUGGAACUUUCCUCCCAACCGGGAGAUCUCCCGAAAUGAAUCCCCUUAUAGUAUGACCAAGCCUCCAGCAGGGGGUGAGCACUUCUCUCCCUCCCCAUCUUCCUCUGCAGCUGCACCCCCAGCUCUCCAUGUUUCCAUACCAGACUCUGUCCUCACGCCCCCAGGUGGGGCUGAGGGAGCUGGACGCAGCAAAGGGCAAUUCUCCGGAGCAUCUGGUGUCUUAGCACCAGUCAACUCUGAUCCCUUGUCUCCUCCACUCUCUGCCUCCCCACGGGAAAAGCCCCCUCACACGGGUGGCCCAUCCAACUCCCUUCUUUAUGCAGGGGAGCUAGAAGCACUUCAGAGGCUUCAGGCAGGUAACGUGGUCCUGCCCUUAGUACAUCGUGUGGCGGGGACUCUGGCAGCAACAGGAAGCAGUGGUCAGAGGGUGUAUACCACAGGCACCAUUCGCUAUGCGCCUGCCGAGGUGACACUGGCAAUGCAGGGUAAUCUGCUUCCAAACACCCACCCGGUGAACUUUGUAGAUGUUAAUAGCCCAGGUUUUGGACUGGACCCCAAAACCCCGAUGGAAAUGUUGUACCACCAUGUGCACCGGCUAAACAUGUCUGGCCCAUUUGGAGGAGCCGUAACGGGGACCGGCCUUACCCAGGUGCCAGCUGCCAGCGUCUUCACCACAGCAGAGGGAAUCUUCUCGUCCCUCCCCUUCCCUGUGUACAGUAAUGGCAUCCACGCAGCACAGACUCUAGAACGGAAGGAGGACUAAGAUCAAAGGGAUAUGUCAAUGACAGAGGGGAAAGGGAGAAUUGAAGGACAGACCGCAGAGAGACGGAGACAAGUGACAUUAAAAAAGGAAUGCAAAAUAUACAAAGGAAGGGGCAUCUGAAUAUACCCUUCCAUGUCUCCUCCUCUGUUGUCUAAUCCAAAGCCGAGAAGGAAGGUGGUCUUUGUGAGUGAGCCCAAUGUGUUAUUACUCUCCCCCAAACAUUCUGGGACCAGUAGCCCCGUCUUCCACACCAUGUACUAAUAGCAGGGCUGCCCAUGAGCUUUUGCCCCUUCUCCACCCUCCAUCCCUUCCCGUGGCUUUGGUUUAGGUGGCAGAUGCCUCCCCUGAGGACCGUCAGCACUGUGCCCGCUGCUUCGUCACUUGCUGAAGGGGCAGCGGCUGCGUUCUGAUCCUGUAGAAACUAAAAUAUUCCAGCACUUUGACUCACAUCUAGAAUCCCCCUUUGCCUCUAGGAACUUAAAGUGAUCCCCAUGUUACCCCAAUGUCCUGUCUCAAAAUGUUGAGCGAUAACCCGGUUCUGUAUUGUUGUUAUUUUUUUGGGACUACCCACACUCUGCUGCCGAAGCAUAGGGUGAUUAACGCUUUUACGGCCAGUAAGGCAGUGAGGUUUAUCUCAGCGUGGCACACCAAGAUCUACCAUGAAUGCAAGAUGUUAAUGGAGAUUUGCCCUUCGUUGCUGGAAGAAGACUAGCCGUGCCCAACAAUGUCUUGCGAUAAAUAAUGAUGUAUUUAUUUUAUAUACAUGAUCAGUGUUACAUGCAAGAAAGAAAUUAACUGAUGAUGCGUGGAGUUUGUACAAGCGAUCUGGGAGGUGUAAGUGUCUAAGGAAAUUAUUGCAUAUUUAUCUCUUUAGUAGGGACCAGAGAUGCUUAUGGAAAAUGUAUAUUGCAAGUUGCAGAGUACAUUUUUAUAUGCAUCUCCAGAUAAAGUAGACACCUGCCCCCCCUACUACCCCCUAUUAAAUAUGCGUGCUACACGAAGGGGCUGAAAAUGGACCAUGAUGUGCAGGCUAUAUAAAUCACUAAAUAAUAAUAC